AAAAAAAAAAAAAAAAUCCAACUGGGGACAAGAGCAGUGCUGGGUCAGGGAAUAAAAGUUCUCAGGAGGCUGCUUCACUCAUCACUGCCUCAAGAGGUAGACCUUGGUGACCUGCCACUUCUACUUAGGUUCAAGCAGAUUCAUCAUGAGAAAUCUUGUGCUUCACUUACACACCAAAUAUGUUUUUUAUUUAAUCAACAUUGUUUCAGCAUAUAUCAUUUGCAAAACACUCCAUGAUGGCUGUACAUACACCAAAACAAGUGAAACAGUCUUUGCCCUCAAAGGAUGCCAAUUAAGGUAUAUGUUGCGGCAGGUGGGGACCUUUGGGAUACAGUAUAAGGAGGGGCCAAAGGUUCCCGGCUGGAGAAGUCUUCUACAGAUCGGAGAAACCACGAACACCUCUCAUAUUUACAGCCUGCCUAGCUUGUUUUCCAGCUGGAAUACCCUUCUCCCAUUUCCACUUCUCUACAUUCUUGUUCUGUUUCCAAGACCAAUUUAUUAAUUAAAUCUGCCCUAUUAUAUUGGCAAGACCAGCUCCCAAUACAUCAAUGUGGGUUUAAGAUCUCUCAAAGUGAUCAAGUGGUCGAUAAAAGAGAGAGUCAAGAAAAAAAUUUUCCUUAAAGCUGGGCCCAGGGAAGACACCACAUAAUGCUGCUCCCUGGGUGUCUGACAUUCUCCUGAAAACCUGUUUUUUAUUGUGCUCUUUCAAUAGGAGAGGGGGAGCAAGGUUAUGCAAAGUUUCAGUGAUAAUUAUACAAAAAGAAUACAUUUGCAAAAACUGGCACAGAAAAAUCACAACGUGGUAUUAAUAAAAGCAGAACAAUGUAAAAAUAACUGUGUGUCAACAUAGAAAUCAAACAUCUUAGCAAGAAUAUAGAUUAAACUUAACCUUAUGAUUAUCAGCAAAAACCUAUUGGGCUCCCAGCUACGAGGAGAACAGGAUCUGACACAGGACAAGCAGCCUGACCAUAAAAACUGCAAGAGGAGGGGGCUUCACGCAGGCCUGGAGGAGCAGCGGGAGAAGAAAGACUUUGACAUCCUUAUCUCCGCCACAGAGACAGAGGCCCCUCAUCCGUUGAUAGGCUCUCCAUAAGGGUUGCGUUCCCUUUCCAGGGCCAUAAUCAACGUGCCUUUCCUGGGAAGGAAUCCAGGUAAUAAACCUCUCCAUUGCACGUCCGUUUAUAGGCUCUCUCUGCAACCAGAAGCCCAUGAUGCGCUGUCAUCUCUCCUGGCAGUCAAACUACGUGGUUAGUCCCUUUCACAGAGUUCCUGUUUUUACCAGAACAGUUCACCAGAGCCAAAGUUACACACUGACGCUCAGCAGAGCCAAAGUUACAAGUCACUGCUCAGCAUUUCACAUUGUCCUUCAUUUUUUCAAAUAUAAUUGGUACAGUAACAAGCAUCACAAAGCAAAUAACUCAUUUCAGGACAACCAAAUUCUAAGAGAAUUUACAGGUUAAAAAUCAACAACAAUUUCUUCUUGUUAUUUCAGAUAGCUCGGGUUUUGCCAAUUCUUCCAGAAGCUUGGGGUUGCUCAGUGACCGCAGAGGGGUUCAGAGUACUCCCAGCACCAUUCCCCUUGCUGAAUAUACUGUUGACAUCUGAGAACUCCCAUUGUAUCCCACCUUGAGAUAAUUAUGUGUGUUGGGGUCUUACGGAGAAAGGAGGGAGAUGUAUGGUCCCUCAUAGACAAAAUGCAUUUUAGCCAGUCUUUUUAGAUUUGCCAUUGGAUCCAGGAUGCCUUGCCGUAACACUUUCUGAAGAAAGGAAAACAAUUAAAGGUAACGCCUCCUUUCUGUUCAUACCUUACUCUUCAUGAAAGAUAACAGCCUUCUCAAACCACUAUCAGAGAGAAGAAGAGAGAAAACACGGGACACUGACUGGGAUAGUGAGAGCACUAACCUCUUUUUUCUUCGCUCUUUUCUCUGACUUGAUUGCUUCUCUCAUCUGGAAACAAUGUGCUCAUUGGUAGAUUAGUAGCUGUUAAUCUCAGCUGAAGGGAAUUUCAUCUUAUAAGAAGUGGGAUGGCUAUAUUCCCGUUAGUAUUUAAGAAAUCCCUUACCGUAGUAGGUGUUACUUCUUAUGGCUGGAUUUCCCUAAAGCUGAGAUGGAACACCAGGUCCAAGUUCCCUUGUCUGAAGAGUGUACAGUUGCUAUUAACCGACUAGCAGCUUAUGAGCUGCUUGUCAGUGAUGUUUAUUUAUCCAUGGUUAGUAUGGGUUCUUGAGCAACUGAGGGGAAUAUUUUAGCUCUGCUCUGGGUGAAAAUAUAUCUUCUAUCUCCUUAAUAAUAGUGGUUAUGACCAGAUUGGUGGUCAAAUACCAGACGAAGCAGCGAUUCCAUGGUUGGGAUAUUGCUUCUCUGCAGCCCUAGGAUUACAAGCUGUGGGCUUUGAUAGGGAAAGUUACAGUUCUCUCCAGUGUGUUCCAAAACUACACGGGCAUCAAACACUGGCGACAGACUGAAUAAACAGUUUUAUACCGAUACGCUAUUUCAAAAUUGAUAUGGAUGUGUUAGGACUGAUGAAAUGUGUUUUUAAAAUGUAAAUUUAUGCUAUACUUGUCAUAUCUACAAAAUUAGAAGAUAUGAGUGCUCGCAUCUAAGUUAAAAAAUAUGACCCUUAAAGAGGCCGUAAGAGUAAAACAUUAGGCACCAGCAUUUGGGGACUGCAUAGCUGAUCUUUGAGGUAGACUAGGUUCUGGAGUACAGCUAGAGCCUUCUGGAGGUCAAAGAACAAAGAGCCCCCAAGACUGACCAAAGAAGGCCUUUUCCCAGACAACCGCUGAGACAACAAAGUGAGUUUUUGUGGGAGUCGGGUCUUAAAAACUACUUUCUCUCACCCUCAGCCUCCCCCUCCUAUGUUUGACCAGGCCUGCUAUUACACUGAAGAUACGGGAAUACCUCCUUUUGCCCACUUCUUCUCGGAGCAGACUGAGAUCAAAAGGGAGGACGCAAAGCGGUUCCUAAGAUAUCUAAGAAAACGUGAGAGUAUGAUCUGCCUUCCGCUUAUUAAGAGGCCUGGCAUAGAUAACUGGUCAAGUGGCUUACAAGCCCUGAGAUGUGCUGUGCAGAUGGAGAACACAUUAACCAAUAUCCUACAAGACCUGAAAGCCAGAGCUUCUAAGGAUGAAGAAAUGGAGCUCGUAAACAUCGUAAUGGAGUUCCUACAUAAACAGGGAGUAAACGUAGCUUUUUUGGAGCACCAUCAGAAGAUACUAGAAGAGUGUCUCCAACAGAAAGACCCGUCUGAAAAUUCUGCUGAGACAACAGCCUUCAGUAAAAGAGAGUGAGCAACGAAGACCUCUGACACUGACAGAACUGGCCGAAUAUGAGGACACCAUCAUUUAUGAGGUUGCAAGACUGGCUUGCAGGAUGAGCGAGAGGAACAAACACAAGGCCUGGUGCGUGGCUGACUCAU